CGCUCCAACCAUUCCCAAUUUAAGAUCUCUCUCUCUCUACAAAAUUCCCCUUCAUCUCUCUCAGAUCACCGUCAAUGGCGUUGGAAUGGGUAGUUCUCGGUUACGCCGCUGGCGCAGAGGCCAUCAUGCUCAUCUUCCUCACUCUCCCAGGCCUUGACCCGCUACGGAAGGGCCUUAUCACCGUCACCCGGAGUCUCCUCAAACCCUUCCUUGCCGUCGUCCCCUUCUGCCUCUUCCUCCUCAUGGACAUCUACUGGAAGUACGAGACCCGCCCCACCUGCGACUCCGAUUCCUGCUCCCCAUCGGAGCACCUCCGCCACCAGAAAUCCAUCAUGAAAUCGCAGCGCAACGCGCUCCUCAUCGCCUCCGCGCUCAUCUUCUACUGGCUUCUCUACUCCGUCACGGGGCUCAUCGUCAAGAUGGAUGUUCUCAACAAGAGGAUCGAGAGCCAGAAGCGGGAAUGAUUCGGAAAUGAAAUCGCGCGUGUUUUCUUAUGUUGGUAUUAUACAUCUAUCUCUGUUACGGGAUGUUUUAGUGGUUAAUUGAGUUUUUUUUGCGUCGUAAUUGUUAGGUCUGUGUUUUCAUUUUGUUGUUGGUGUAUGCUUCAUUUUGAAUCUCAGUUGCAACUACAUUUCCCUAGUUAAUAUUGAGGGCUUUACAUUUGAUUGCUUUCA